AUGCCAUCCGGGCUCGAAAAUACUUUUCUGAUAGCAGUAGUAGGAGAAUUCAUAAUUGGAAUACUGGGGAAUGGUUUCAUCGUACUAGUUAACUGCAUGGACUGGGUGAAGAAUCAAAUGCUCUCGCCAGCUGACUGCCUCCUCACCAGCCUGGCUGUCUCCAGAAUCAUUCUUCUUUGGAUAAUACUAUUCGAUUCAUCUCUAAUGGUGUUUUGGCAACAUCUAUAUAACACUGAUAAACUGGCAAAAGCUGUUAGUGUUCUUUGGACACUGACCAAUCACCUAGCUACUUGGUUUGCCACCUGCCUGAGUGUUUUCUACUUCUUUAAGAUAGCCAGUUUCUCGCACCGCUGUUUCACCUGGCUGAGGCGGAGACUGAGCAGGGUGCUGCUUGUCCUUCCCCUGGGGUCUUUAUCCCUACUGUUUUUCAACUUUAAAUUUUUGAAUGGAUUUACUGAUCUCUGGGUUGUCGUCUAUCAAAACUAUGAAAGAAACUCAACUUGGCCCCUAGAUAUAAGUAAAACUCUGUAUAUUAACAGCUUAAUUAUGCUCAGUUUCAUCUACUUAAUCCCCUUCCUUCUGUCCUUGACCUCACUGCUCCUUUUAUUUCUCUCCUUGAUGAGACAUACCAGGAAUGUGCAACUGAACUCCAGCUCUAAGGACUUCAGCACAGAGGCCCAUAAAAAGGCCAUGAAAAUGGUGAUAUCUUUCCUCCUCCUCUCCACGGUUCACUUUUUUUCCAUCCAAUUAACAGGUUGGACUUUCAUUUUACUGCAGAAACAUCACGCCAAUUUGGUUGUCAUAUUAAUGUCGGCUCUUUUUCCUUCAGGCCACUCAUUUAUCCUAAUUUGGGGAAACAGCAAGCUGAGACAAACUGCUUCAGGACUCCUGUGGCAUCUCAAUUGCCACCCGAAAAUGGUGAAGGCUUUAGCUUCCUAG